AUGCGUCUUUUCCUCCACACUGCUACCCUCCUCGGCUCAGCUUUGCUGGUUGCUGCCGACACGACGACGACGAUCAACGCAAAGUCGAACUACGGUAGCUGGGAUGGGUGGGGGACAUCGCUGGCCUGGUGGGCCAAGGCUUUUGGAACGCAAACAGCACUUGCUGACAUCUUCUUCACCCGCAAUACUGUCUCAUUCAACGGGUACACCCUCCCUGGACUGGGACUCAACAUUAUCCGCUACAACGCGGGCGCAUCGAGCAGUAACGCGGACCCAAAUGGAGACAAAAUGAUAGUCUCUCCCAAUAUCAAGGCGUCGCGGCAGAUCGAUGCAUAUUGGGUCGACUGGACCAGCACCAGUCCGAAUACCUCCAGUUGGAUAUGGAACGUCGAUGCGAACCAGCGGAACAUGAUGAGUCUCGCCGUAGCCCGCGGCGCGAACCUCGUCGAGCUGUUUUCUAACUCCCCGGUCUGGUGGAUGUGCUACAACCUCAACCCAUCUGGUUCGACGAGCGGUUCAUCAGACAACCUGGAGUCGUGGAACUACGACCAGCACGCCAUAUACCUCGCCAACAUUGCGCAGUAUGCCCAGCAGCACUGGGGUAUAACCUUCACCUCCGUCGAGGCGUUCAAUGAGCCCUCUGCGACAUACUGGGUCGGCCCCACCGGGACGCAGGAAGGCUGUCAUUUCGAUGUGAGCACGAUGUCAACCGUCAUCGGCUACCUGCGCAACGAACUCAACUCGCGCGGCCUUUCCAACAUCAUCGUCUCUGCUUCUGACGAGGAAACUUACGACCUUGCGACAUCCACCCUCAACGGCCUCACCAGCACCGCCGUCUCCCAAAUCGCACGCGUAAACGUCCAUGGCUAUCAGUACGGCGGCGGGCGUCGCGACACCCUGUACUCCGCCGUGACCGCCAAGGGCAAAAAGCUAUGGAACUCAGAGUACGGUGAAUCCGACGCAACCGGCGCCUCCCUCGCAAGCAACUUGCUCCUGGACUUCGUGUGGCUCCACCCGACUGCAUGGGUGUAUUGGCAGGUCCUCGACGUGUCUGGCUGGGGCCUCAUCACAGCAAACAACGACGCCAAGACGGUCGGCGCGCCAUCUCAGAAAUACUUCGUCCUUGCGCAAUUCACCCGGCACAUCCGGCCCGGCAUGCGCAUCCUCGACGCUGGGGCCUCCAACGCUGUUGCGGCGUACGACGCGAGUGCGCGUAAGCUGGUCAUCGUCGCAGUCAACACUGCCGCCGCACAAUACCUUAAUUUCGAUUUGAGUGGGUUUAGCACGCCGAGCACGAAUGGUUCGCUGGUGCAGCGGUGGGCUACUCAGAUCGGCAGCGGGGGAAUGCAAUACCAGACAUUCAACGAUACUUUUAUGAGCGGCACCAAGUUUUGGAGUCGGUUUGAUCAGAAUGUUAUCAUGUCCUUUGAAGUGUCAAAUGUGGUUGUUUAG